AUGCCAGCCACAGGGAUGAGUGAAGACGAGAUCCACGCAACAGAGCGGGAUGAACACGAGACUCAGGAGACCAAGAUGAGUGAAGACGAGAUCCACGCAACAGAGCGGGAUGAACACGAGACUCAGGAAACAAAAAUGAGUGAAGACGAGAUUCAGGUAACAGAACCGAAUGAACACGAGACUCAGGAAAUAGAACUGAAUGAAAUGAAGAUUCAGGAAGCGGCAGACAUCGAAGCGGAUAAUAGCAGAUGGAAACACAGUAAGACCGUGGGAGCCGCGGAGGACACUUUAGUUGAGGCAGAACAGUUUGAGAAACUGGCCAAGAAACAGUCAAACUAUGUGGCAUUGAUGCAAAUCGAGGUACUUGAUAAGGGAACAUUCAAGGUACAGGACCGAUUGGGCAGCAAGGCAGAACAGAAGUACGCGAAGGAAAUUCAGACGAUGUUGGAAAAGUACGCAGAGGUAGUUACUGAUGAGGAACCCAAGGGAGAACCGGUUGAGCGAGAGAUAACCCACAGAAUUAGACUGAUAGAGGGUCACAGUACAAGUUGA